AUGGCUAUUAUACAAAGAAAGAUGAAGUCACCAGGUGAGCGAUUGAAUGGUGGAAGCAAUAUGGCCCAUUCCACUCCAAAAUUACAAAAGUUUGCCAUCAAAGUUGCAAGUCUAACGUGUAGCUCAUCCGUGUGUGAAAGGAAUUGGAGCGUGUUUGAACAUAUUCAUACCAAAAAGAGGAACAAACUAACCUUGAAGUGUCUCAAUGAUCUAGUCUUCAUUAAGUACAAUAGAACAUUGAGGCGUCGUUACAACGCUCGCAAUAUAAUUGAUCCAAUAAGUUUGGACAACAUCGAUGAUGCUAAUGAAUGGCUAACUGGAGUCCCGGAAGAUCAUGUAGAUGAAGAAGUAUUUGAGGAAACUUCUAAUUUCACUUGGGAUGAUGUUGCGGAGGCACGUGGAAUUGGGGAGAAGAUUUAUGGUUUUAGGGGGAGUACUUCAACUUCAAGCUCACAAAGGAAGGGAAAAGAAGCAGCUACUUUGUCCCUAGUUGAUGAAGAAGAAGAAGACGACGAGCAAUAUAAUGAUAGUAGAAUACAAGAAUUUGACAGUCUUGUACAAGAAUCGAAUGCUCAUUUUGUGCUUUAG